AUGCUAGAAAUUACCUUCAGCUCAACAUCCCCAUAUUUUUAUAAUGAAGACGUUAUAUAUGAUACAUUCAAAGCCAUGUUCUUAAAUCAUUGUAGUCUCUGGUUUGGCUGGCUCAGCUUCUUCUACUUCAUGAAGGUUGCUGAUUUCUCCCACCCCCUUUUCCUCAAGCUGAAAUGGAGAAUUUCCGGACUGAUGCUCUGGCUUCUGUGGCUCUGAGUGUUUAUUUCCUUGGGCUACAGUGUGUUCUUCUCCAAUGACAUCAACACCAUGUAUCGUAACACUUCUAUCCCCUCUCCCAACUGCACUAAGAAAAAAUACUUCACUCAGACCAAUGUGGUCAACCUGGUUCUGCUCUAUAACCUGGGGAUCUUCAUUCCUCUGAUCAUGUUCAUCUUUUCAGCCACCCUGCUGAUCAUCUCUCUCAAGAGACACACCCUACACAUGGAAGGCAAUGCCCCUGGGUCCAGGGACCCCAGCAUGGAGGCUCACAUGGGGGCCAUCAAAGCUACCAGCUACAUUCUCAUUCUCUACAUUUCCAAUGCAGCUGCUCUAUUUCUUUCUUGUUUAUAUUUCUAUUUCUUUAUGUCUAACAUCUUUGAUACCAAUAGUUCCUGGAAUAUUUUGUGCAAAUUCAUCAUGGCUGCCUACCCUGCUGGUCACUCCAUUCUGCUGAUUCAGGACAACCCUGGGUUGAGAAGAGUUUGGAAGCAGCUUCAGCCUCAAAUUCAUCUUCACCUAAAAGUGCAGACUCAUGACUGA